GUCAUACUAUAUCUACAACCAAAACAGCACAAUGGUUGUACGACGGUGCCUUAUCUUAUUCAUUGCUACAGUACUGUCCUACGCUGGCAGACAAUCGUAUGGAUCUACACUCGGACAUCGUGACCAUUAUCAGUUUAGGAACGUCUCUCUCCCAUGGGAUGUUAGAGUUGAGGCAAGUACAAUGUAUCCCAAGGAAUACGCACGUUUGCAUAAUUUGCGCAAAUGUCACAGCUGUUCAGAAGAUGCAAAUAAGAACAAAGCAAUUAUAGUCGAUUGUUCUCAGCAGAAAGAAUCAAUCAUAUCACUCCGAGAAGCUGCGAGGCUUCGUGAAGAUUUGUGUAUUUUUAUUAUUUUAACCUAUUGUUCAUACCGUAUCCAAUUACAUACAUCAUUAUUUUCGUAGACUUCUGCUGGUAACUUUUAAUGUGGCAUUUGUUUGCUAAUCCAAUGGUACUCAAACACAAAUCGUUUCCUACAUAAUAAUCAAUGAAAAUCCGACUAAAACUUAAUGGUGGCAAGUUAUACAGGGAAAAAAGGAAACAAGGAUAAACUGAAAUCAUGAAUUACUAUAAUUAAUAGUAAUACGAUUUAUACUGUGCUAAAGUUGCGAAUAAGUGUUUUAACAUUUAAACCCAUUAAGAAUAUACAUUACUAAAAGCAGUAGUUUCAAUUGAACUAUUAUAAAUUGCAUGGGGUUCGAAAAUACAAUAAAGCAACUAAUUACAACCAGAUGCGUUCGGUGCAAGUUUGGGCAUGCAGUAAUUAUGAAUGACUUAAAAUCUUGACAAUGUCGAUAAGGCCGGAAAGCCAGCACCCAGACUGCGAAGGCUAUGCUCGACUGAUCCGGAAGACAAACCGCAUACAGACAAUCAAACCUAUGUUGCAAAAGCAUAUGUAAAAUAUGCUACCAAUUUAUAAAAAAAAAUUGGCAAACGUUCAAUGCUCGACUCAUUGCUGCUUUUUUUCUUGGCACUUUGCCAUUAUAUUUCAGCCAACUACCUUACAUAGUUGCUGAGCAUGUCAAUUUCAAGGCUCCUAAAAUUUCCCUUAGAUUGGUAUAAGCUAGAUUCAACUUUAGUAUAUUUAUGAAUUAAAGUUAGUAUUUAUGAUUCAAAAAGGCAUUACUAAUAAUUCAUGAGAAAAACACAAAGAAAAAUCACAAGCGUGUCGUAUCUUUAUAUGUGAUAGAGAUUUCCCUUGAUUUACAUGAACUUUAACGUUAAUUUUCUCGACUUUAAUACACAACAUAUUUUUUGAAAAUUACUUCGCCAAUGAACUAGAUCGAUUGUUUUUGAAGCAAUUUAAAACAUUCGCAGUGCGUGUUUUAUCAGACCUAAAGAUACUCGGAUUCGCCUCGUAUCUUUAUAUCUGAUAAAAAACGGCUAUUCAUGUUUUAAAUACUACAUUAAAGUUUCUUUUUAUUAAGUGUGAGUCCCAUAUUCGUAGUUUCAAAGCUUUUCGAGCAUUUUCAUCACAACGGUUGAAAAAUCAUUAUCCAAUGGAUAUGCGCACAAAUGAUCCAAGAAUUAGUCGGAGAAGAUGUAUGAAAAAUUACGAAAAUUUUUCAUACAACAUUAACAUGUUUUAGGACUUGGUGAAGAGAUUAACACUAGAGGAGAUUAUUGAUCAAAUGGCGCAUGGAAGUUGGAAGGAUGGAGGUGCCGAUAUCAUCAAUAUUUUCUGCAGUUAAUAGACCUUACCGAUUAUUCUCUUUUACCCAAUGGCCUCGUUUCCAUGUUAACGUAUUUAGCAUGUCAGGGGCAGAUAAAGAUUAUAUUCCCAUGUUUUCCUGGACGAAUUUGUUUCUUGCUGUUCUCAAGCUCAAUAACAAAGUAAUUUUCAACCCUACUAAGCACAAAACACGAGUAAGUAUUCGACACGAAAACGAGGCCAUUGGGUGAAAAGUGAAUCAACGGUAAGAUCUACUCUGUUUUAACAUACACAACCUUUCCAAUUUCCAAUUGCUUGUCAUUUGCCACUAUAGGUCCUGCGCCAGCCAUUCCCCGUCUGAAUAUCAGUGCUUAUCAGUUCGGAACAGAAUGUCUAAGUGGCGACGUCGAAGCUGGGGAUGCAACGUCGUUUCCUAUGUCAAUUGGCAUGGUAAGGAGAAGAAACGUUUCCACAGGACGCCGGAACGACUACAGGGCAAGGGGAACACAUUUCAGGAAGGAUAUAUCCAGGCAUUGAGGCAUCUGCUGUUGGGGUGCGCAGGGGUGGGAAAAAUAGGCGAGGACUGCUCGCAGGAAAUGUUAAACAGCUGCAGGAAAUUCGUUUAAAUGAAGAUUUACUAUUGAAAAUUUGAAGCCAUGUCCCACUAUGGACGCAACAACAUAUGGUUGACAGACAUUUAUUCCUUGAAUUUAAAACCAUGAUCAGCUAGAACAGAUUUAGCACAAAAAUACUCCGUUGGUCACUUGGUCUGCAGGAAAUUUUUGUCUCCAGGUUGUGCUCCAAUGAGGACGAAAAUUCUUUUUUCGUCCUGGGGGUGCGAGAUGUCAAAGGAUUUUAUUUGAAUUGGAAAUUCAAUGUUAAAAAUUUACCUUCAAGCAUUAUCAUUGCAAUAAAUAUAGCGCCUCUAAUUCGUAAAAAAUAGGGAGAGGGUAUGGGGUUCAUUCCAUUCACUGAAAUUGGUUACAGUUUUCUAAACAGUUUUCUAGACAGUAAUCUAAACGUGUUUUUUUAGGCUGCAACUUUCGACCCUGGUUUAAUUUACCAAGUUGCCAGAGCUACUGGUAUCGAGGUUAGAGCAAAGGUAAGACACUAAGACAGCGAACUAUUUCUGGUUAUAUUACUGUAAAGUUUUAUUCCAAUCAUUAUGUCUGGAAAACUUUUUGUGUGUGUUACUCUGAGUGUGCAUCCAAGGGCGUUGGAACCGGGGGGGGGCAGGGGGGGACAGCCCCCCAGGUUUUCCAAAGUGCCCUUUCUCCAGUAGCAAAGUGCCCUUUUCUUGCGUGAAAAAUGUCGUUCAGAUUGCAUUUUUUGCCCAAAGGGCACUUUUGAAAACUUGAAUUUAUGUUAUUUGCGGAAAAUUUUUCAUUUUUAAAUGCCUUUUUUUUUUCGAAAAGUGCCCAUCAAAGCCUGGCCCCUCCAACUUUUAGAUGCUUCCUACGCCCCUGUGUGCAUCCACAUCUCGUAGCUCAGUUGUAGCUCAGUUGGUAGAGCAUUGGACUAGUAUCCCAAAGGUCACGGGUUCGAUUCCCACCGUGGUCAGGCAAACUUUUCAGCUUGCCCGGUGUGGAUGCACACUCAGAGUAACACCACAAACAUCACGUCUUGAAAAGCUUAUACAUUAAAAUCAUAAAACAACCACAUGCAUAAAUAGAAUAACAAUGCAGAAUUUAGUGUUGUUUAUGAUUCAUAUAGAGUAUUAUUAGUUGAGGUAAUUAUUACAAAGAUAAAGUUUAGAAUGAACAAACAGCAUAACUAGAAAAAACAGCAUCAUUUUCAUUUGUUUUGUAGCAUAACAGUUAUGUAAAGGCUAAAGAAUACGGAAUGCACACUGGUCUAAGCUGCUGGUAUGCAAUCGCAAUAAUUAUUCGCCAGCUUAACCAUAUUAUUUAGAUUUAUAUUUCAUCGGAAACAAUUUUUCCUAGUCAUAAAAUUCUACUGGCCUUUAUUCACGGAUUGUUUUCUGAACAGGAGUCCGGUGAUUAACAUAAUGCGUCAUCCACUAUGGGGUAGAAAUCAAGAAACGUACGGGGAGGAUCCUUAUCUUACAUCAAUCUUAGGACAACAGUUUGUUCAUGGACUGCAAGCAGGUAUAAAGAAAAAACUAUAUAGUUUGCUUGUUUGUUUCGGUUUGUUUGUUUCGAUGUUUAUUGUGUUUGUUUCUUUUCUAAUCGCCUGUGAUUGUUUAGAUGAAGUAUUAAAUUAUACUAUUUGUCCGAACUUUUCUUCAUCAGAUCAUCCAAGAUAUGUAUUGGCUAAUGCAGGAUGUAAGCAUUUUGAUGCGUACAGUGGUCCAGAAAAUAUUCCUCAAAGUCGGUUUAGUUUUAACGCCCAGGUAAGCUAACUUUAUUUACACUGUGUCUGUGUCAGUUCUAUACAGUUCUAUGCAGGCCUUAUUUUUGCCAACAAAAUGCGUGUGGUUCUGACGUGGUUGGGCAUGGUCAAUGCUGUAUUUUGGAAAUUGUUAGGAAAUAGGUAACUGAUGGGAAAUGAGCAUGCAGGUACCCCCCCCCCCCCCCUCGUUACUCCCCUGAAGGAAUGGCAGUCCGGACGCAGAGAUGGCACCAGUGAUAAUACAACUUUACUUUCAUUUAAGGUGAGUGAUCGCGAUUGGUAUAUGACAUAUCUACCUCAGUUCCAAGCAUGUGUAGAGGCGGGAACAUACAGCAUCAUGUGUAGCUACAACAGGUUUGUCCAUGCUCAGUUUCCUGUGUCAACAAAAUGGUAGAUCGUUUAACCAUUUAUCAAUCUUUCCAUUUUACUAUCUAGUGUCAACGGUGUGCCUGCUUGUGCAAAUAAAAAACUGCUUACGGAUAUACUAAGAACGAAAUGGAAAUUCAAAGGUGUGGUGGUUAACCUUGUUAAUGUCCACAACCUACACAUUUGUCAACAAGAUGUGUUCGCAACAGGCUUGCAGCAAGCUUGUCAACAAGUUGUGACAAUGUUGUCAAUGUACCAAGUUGCCACAAAGUUGUCACUCACAACUUGUUGACAAGUUGCUGAAUUGCACUCAAGUUGCUGAAUUGUACGAAGAUAACAAAUUGUUAAAACAACUUGUUACAAGUCUGUUGUCAACAACAUUGUUACAGUUGGGAACAAGCAGUGCGAACACAUCCUGAUAUAACAAGUUGUUGAAACAGCAUUGGUACAAGUCUGUUACAAGUUUGUUACAGGUUGUACGUUUUUACGUUCGUAUAGUCCUUGACAGGAGGAGUCUUGUCUUGUUUUUUCAGGUUAUGUUAUAAGUGAUGAAGGUGCCUUGGGUAAGGUUUUAUGCUCUUCUCUCGUAUCUCAUUCUAGGUUAUUGCUAAGCUAAUACGGAAAACCAAAGCACACGAUUCUUUUCUGUUCUCAAAAUUUUUGCUAUUGUCUCUUCAUCGUAAGAAUUUAUAUUUGUUUGUUGUUUAGAGUUCAUUCUAUUUUUCCACAAGUACACGAAGACCAAAGUAGAGACGGCUGCUGCUGCGGUGAAUGCUGGGUGUAAUCUGGAGCUGGGCCUGCCUAAUGUAUCCAAGAAUAUCUACAGUUAUCUGGGGGAGGCUGUCACAGAGGUAGAGUGGAUAACAUAGAAUACAUUGGAAUAAGGUGGAGGUGCGGGAAGGUAGGAGAAGCGAGAAUUAGAAGCCUGUGAUUAUAGCCAAGAACAGGGACCUUUAGCUAGCAGGACAGCGACAGUUAUUAAUACAAUGAAAUUUACGAUAGUGUGGAAAAGAAAUCUGUGUACAGCAGCUAGCAAACCAAAGAUUUUACGUCUUGCGUACAACGCCUGCGUUUUAAGCUGCAAGAAAUGGUACUUGGAAAAUUGGCUUAGUAGUGGUAGUAGUCUUCUCUAAGGAGAGCUGAUAAGUAGUAGUCUUCUCUAAGGAGAGCUGAUAAGUAGUAGUCUUCUCUAAGGAGAGCUGAUAAAUAGUAGUCUUCUCUAAGGAGAGCUGAUAAGUAGUAGUCUUCUCUAAGGAGAGCUGAUAAGUAGUAGUCUUCUCUAAAGAGAGCUGAUAAGUAGUAGUCUUCUCUAAGGAGAGCUGAUAAGUAGUAGUCUUCUCUAAGGAGAGCUGAUAAGUAGUAGUCUUCUCUAAGGAGAGCUGAUAAGUAGUAGUCUUCUCUAAGGAGAGCUGAUAAGUAGUAGUCUUCUCUAAGGAGAGCUGAUAAGAGGGCGAGAAUAAAAAACGUAAGAAAGAUCAGUGGGUGACUGGUUGGAGAGGUGAGAUGUCUGAGAGAUUGGUGUCAUAAGGGUAGGAGGGUGAAAAGAGCGAGAGGUUAAAGGAGUGGCAAGAUGGAUAGGUUAGAGAGAUGAGAGGUUGGAUGGGUGAGAGGGGCGACAGGUCAGAAGUUGGAGUAAUAAGAGUAUGAGAGUCACAAGAGGUCACAAGAGGUCAAAGGGGUGAAAUGAUGGUCGGAUGAUAGUUUAAAGGCGUGAGAGCUUACAGAGAUGAGUGGUUAUAUAAGAUGACAAAAAGACAUCGUCUGUAAAGGGAACGGGUGAAUAAUACUCCAAAACUAUUUUUUGUUUCAAAGAAAUUGGUGAACGAAUCAACAUUACGAGAACUCGUAAAGCCACUGUUUUACACAAGGAUGAGAUUGGGAGAGUUUGAUCCGCCAGAAAUGAACCCUUACACAAGGUAACAUGUCAUGUAGCAUUGAGAGGACUUAGUUUAAUUUGCUUGUUCUUAUAUAAAUAUCAACAGUUGUGAAGUUGACCCACCAUGUGCCCAAAAUGCUGCCUGGUAACAUUUACUGCAAUCUGCCGAUACUUCUACUAACCUUUACAGCUUGGAUUUGUCUGUGAUUCAGAGCAAGAAACAUCAGUUGUUGUCGCUAGAAGCUGCCAUCAAAUCAUUUGUUCUGUUGAAAAAUGAAAAAGAUUUAUUACCACUAAAGGACUUGUCCAUGAGAAUAACGGUAUGUUGCCUGCAACAAUUCACUGCCAUCAGCAGAAGCUUAUAUUUCUCAUAAAUAAUAUAAAUCUUAUUUCCCUCAAGAUACUUGGACCAUUUGCCAAUAACAUUGCUGGACUGUUUGGGGAUUAUUCACCGGACAUUAUGGCAAGUAUAGAGGAAACAAAUUUUGCUGAGUAUUGAUAAAAAAACUAAACAAACUUUAUUUAUACUGGAUAGUUCUAUCAGUUCUAAACUGGUCUCCAUGGAUGUCCAGUAAGAGUCAUCUUUUAUAGGUACAGUGUGAGUACAGGCCAAGAACUGCGUUGUUAAUCGAGUCAAACUGGAAGCACUCUUCUCACAUCCAGCUGAGGCGAAAUUCUAAUCAUGCAACUGCAUAUUGCACGAAUGGGAUUUGGGUCCCAAAAGGCGAAAGAUACACGCCUUGGACAUUGUUCCACCUUUCUACAGCCUGCUUAGCCUCACCCUGUUUAACUUGUGUUUUCUUUCAGAAAUCCUACGUGUCUACGCCUUACUCAGAACUUUCUUUGAUCAUGGGAGAAAACCUGACAUACUUGGCUGGAUGCGAGAACCCGACAUGCAGGUGGGUAAAAUCUGGAGGGAUUUCUGUUAUGGAAAUUUCGAAUGAAACUGAUAUACAUAUUUUAGACCUGACGAAAAGCUGCUGCGAAAAACGCAACGAUAAGGCCCUCCGGCAGGAAUCGAAAUUUUAAUAUAUCAAUGCCGUAUUGCUUAUAAUUCAUAAUGUGAAAUUAUCAUUUUAGUACAUACUAUCCUGGUCCGGUAAUGGAUGCAGCGAAAAAGUCUGACUUAGUGAUCGUUUGUCUUGGGACAGGUAUAUCAAUCACUGACAGUUUCCUCCCGUAGUAACACUGGACCAUAUAAAGAAUGGUCUUCACUUGACCUUCAGAAAAAACAGUUUCACAACUGAUAGAGCACACGAGCAAUAUGUGACGACCCUUACUGGACCCCUGGGGAGAAUAGUCCAGAACUGAUAGAGAUGUCCAGUAUACAGUAGAUAAAGUUAGUUUAGACUAGGUUUCCUCCUGUAGUAACACUGGAUCAAUAAGACAUAUCCUUACUGGACCUCUAGGGAGAACAGUUUAGAACUGAUAGAGCUGUCCAGUAUAAAUAAAGGUAGUUUAGACUAGGUUUCCUCCUGUAGUAACACUGGAUCAAUAAGAGAUGAUCCUUACUGGACCUCUAGGGAGAACAGUUUGGAACUGAGAGAGCUGUCCAAUACAAAUAAAGUUAGUUUAGACUAGGUUUCCUCCUGUAGUAGCAAAGGAGCAAUAUGUGACGACCCUUAUACUGAAUCUCUGGGGAGAAUAGUCCAGAACUGACAGAGCUGUCCAGUAUAAAUAAAAUUAGUUUAGGCUAGGCUUCCUCCAAUACUGACACAAGACCAUGAAACAAAUUAAACCGCUAAGCAUAUAAUAUUUUCAAUCAUUAGGUAUAACAAUAGAAACGGAAGGUCACGAUCGAGCAGACUUGUCCUUACCUGGGCAUCAACUCGAGUUACUUCAAGACGCUGUAUCUGUGGGUAAACCAACAAUACUGGUGCUGUACAACGCCGGGCCGGUAGACAUCUCCUGGGCAAAGGAUAAUGUAGAUGUGAUCAUGUUGAACUUCCUGCCAGGACAGAAUGCAGGGAAAGCUCUGGUUGCAGUUUUACUCGGGUACGCGAACCGUGCAGGACGACUGCCUUAUACUUGGCCAGUUAAUAUGGACCAGGUAGGCGAAUGAUUCAUUUUGGUUGUUAUACUUUGGUUGAUUGUUAUUAUUUAAGCGUUUUGGUGAGACAGUAAUUAGUAAAUCUUUCACCUUUGUAACCAGGCUUUGUUUCUUGUAAUAUGCAGUUGUCUCAUUAUAAUUUCGCCAUGGUCGCAUGCGAGAGGAGUACUUCCAGUUCUAUAAAUAAUUUUAUGCAUUCGUGCGUUACUUUUAAGUAUAAAAUACUUUAUACUUAAUGUGUGUUAGUGUUAUGUACUCAGGUGAAUAUAUGAUGUUUGUGGUGUUACUCGUCCAAUGUUUGUGGUGUAUUCUAGUCAGUCCAAUGCUCUACCAACUGAGCUACGCGAGGUCAAGUCGGUUCGAGUUGGUGAUAUUUCGGAACUGAGUCUAGUUCCUUCGACAUCAAUGUAUUCUAAGAUAUGAUACUUUUUGUGUGUGUUGGUGUUAUGUACUCAGGUGCAUGAAUAUGAUGUUUGACUUCGUAGCUCAGUUGGUAAAGCAUUGGACUAGUAUCCCAAAGGUCGCGGUUCUAUUCCCACCGUGGUCAGGCAAAAUUUUCAGCUUGCCCGCUGUGGAUGCACACUCAUAGAAAUACCACAAACAUUAUAUCACAUGUAAUAGUGACAAAUUGUGAAACUGUCAGAGUAUGUGUUCUAAUAUGUCAUUUGGUGAUCUGGCCCUCAGUCACUCUAACCCUUAAGAAAGAAGAGUUUAGACAGAACUGAGAAAGCGGUCUAAUAAAGGUAGUCAUUUUACUGUAACUCACCCAAAUAUAAAGCAUUCUUGUUUCAUAGGUUCCAGACAUGACGAACUAUUCAAUGGAUGGACGUACGUACAGAUAUUUCAAAGGAGAUCCACUCUAUCCAUUUGGAUACGGUCUGUAAGUAAGAGAUAAAUUUUAGAGAGAACCAAUGUUACCACAUAGAUUAUCACCACCACCACCACUACCAUCAAAACCACCAUAUUUUACCCAUAACUACCACUACCAUUCUGAUUACAACCAUCAACAACAAAACAAGCACCAUCAUCACAAUUAUCACCAUCACAUUAUUGCAACCACCAUCAUUAUUUUCACCAUUAUAAUCUGUAUUUUUCUAUAGUUCAUACACAAACUUCAACUACUCAAACAUAGUGGUACCCAAAGAAAUAAAGCCUUGCGAUCAAGCUGUGGUCACUGCAGAACUUAAAAAUAUUGGAACAAGAAGUGGGGAGGAGGUUAUAGCAAUUACUUUCUAUAGACCAUAUAUUUCUAUUUCGCUUUUUGAAGUGAAGACUCGCUACCUUCUUUAACAAAACGUGGGCAUUGUUUAUCUAAAACUAGUUGUUGAUAUGCCAGCAGCUGCUGUGGUUAAUGUCUGAAGUACUUCAAGAAGACAACAGCUUAUAUUCUAUUUCACUGGCCCCCAUGUUUAAGAUAGUUGCGUGCAUGGUAUAUUAUUAUUUUCAUUGUAGGUAACUCAAGUGUAUAUAAACUGGCCUAAUGCUACAGUACCAGUACCACGAAUGCAACUGGUUGGUAUGAAAAGAAGUUUUCUUGAAACGUCUCAGUCUGUUAGAGUAAGUAAAUGGAGUUAAGGAGGUUUUCACUGACCACUGUCGUGUGGCAGAUGAUGCUCAACUGGCAGUUAUAGGAGUGAGGACAUUAUGUUACUUUCAUUGUGGAUAGUAGUUUUGUACUUGGUGACAAAUAAAAUCGAGAAAUGUAGACCAAUUUACUACCAUGAUACCAUCUGCUGCCUUGGGACACUUAUUGAAACCUACCAACAGUUGCAAUAGCGUUCAUCUUCACUAUCACAAUAACCAUCAUCAUCAUCACCCAUGAAUGACCACCAUCACCAAUAACCAUCAUCAUCACCCAUGCAUAACCACCAUUACCCAUAACCAUCAUCAUCACCACCAUGCAUAACCACCAUUACCCAUAACCAUCAUCAUCAUCACCAUGCAUAACCACCAUUACCCAUAACCAUCAUCAUCAUCACCAUGCAUAAUCACCAUUACCCAUAACCAUCAUCACCAAUAACCAUUAAACAUGCAACUAACUAUACAGUAGUUGAUUGUGCAGUUUAUAUUCAUUUUCUAACCAUUCAUUUUGCUUUUAGCUCUCUUUCACAAUCCAAGCAGCACAGUUCGCUGUCUAUACAAAUGAAAUGGUCAUCGAACCUGGUCUCAUUAAUGUUUACCUUGGUGGUCAGCAGUAUGGACAGAAGACAUCCAAUCCAUCCAAUGUACUUCAUGCUGUCAUCAGUAUAGUGGGGACUAAAUCUGUGCCAUUAAGCCAAUGUGGAGGGAUGAUGGUGUAGAAUAGUAUCAAAGGAAAAAUACUAAACAAAACACAACAACAACAACAACAACAACAACAACAACAACAACAACAACAACAACAACAACAACAACACAAGAAAACAUUUAUACAUCACAAUUUAAUUCAUAAAUACUAUUUGACAUUUUCUAUACACAGCUAAAAUACUAAAAUACGUGUUCAUUGCAUAGAUUAUAUUAAUUUAGAUUUUAUUCUAAAAUAGUUACUGCAUUAAAUAGACUACUGAACACGUGUUCAUUGUGUGGAUUAUAUUAAUUUAGAUUUUAUUCUAAAAUAGUGACUGCAUUAAAUAGACUACUAUAUACACGAUUAAAUUAGAUCUAUGAAUGGUUUAUGUAAAGGGAGUAUACUGUAAACAGAGUUAAUACAACACACGACAGUGACAAAAUUUCACUGACAAUAAGAGCGGGUACUAAGCAGUUCCUUUUGCUUAAAUUAUUUGAGAGAUUAUUCGAAGGAUAUUUAAUAUUCUUGAAGGAUAUUAUUCCACGUCCAGAAAGAGCCAUCGACGUUCGCCUGUAUACGUGAAGGAGAAAAUAGCCUCGUUUUCAACAAACCACAACUUUUAGACGUCGGGAGCAACUGGAGGAUGUAACUAAAUAAAAAAAACAACAAGAAAAAAUCAGUAAAAAUUAAGUAAUGAUGAAAAAUACUCUCCUCUCAAGGAAAAAUAAGACAAGACUCAUCAAUA